AUGCCACGUGGUAACCAUUUAACUGAGGAGGAAAAAAUAGAAAUCCUUCAAAGAAGAGCAGAGGGAGAGAAUUUAAAACAAAUUUCACUAAAAAUAAAAAGAAGUAGAUGUGUAAUUCGUAAUUUUUUAAAUAAUCCAAAAAAUUACGGAAAAAGGAAGAGAGCGGGAAGACGAUCAUCCCUUACAUCGAGAGAUAAAAGAGCAAUUUUAAGGUGCGCAUCCAAUGCAGCUCUUACACCUAGACAAGUUUUAGCAGAAUGCCGUUUGAGCGUAUCUGUAAAGACUGUACAACGAAUUAUACAAAAGGCACAGCACCUGAAACGGAAGAAAUUUGCUGUUAAAUCACCUUUAUCGGUAGUACACAAACAGCGUCGACUGGAUUUUGCUGUUAAUCAUCUGCAGUGGAAGAAAAAGUGA